UCGGAGAAGGCAAAAUGAUUCUUCUUCCAGUUGGGAUUUCCUGUUUUUAAUAUUCAAAGAAAAACCAGUGAAUGAAUGAAUUGCUGGGCGUGCAGGUCAUGGCAGAGACAUGUUUUGUUCUGCUUACUAGAUUGUAUCAGGUGUAUACUGGGAUGCCUCUGUAAGUGGUGCUUUUGGGAUGACCUUUAUCAGGGGCUACCCUUUUUAUAAACGCACAGUAUGAUUUGAUCACACAAACUGAAUCAUUAUUCAUGCCUCUUGAAUCAGUAAAGCAGUUUACUGUCUCUAGAGUAAUGGUCCAUUAUUGUAUAGUUACAGUUUCUGCAAUCCUACCUUGAAAAAAAUCAUAAUUGAAUAAGCAAAGGUCAAAAUGAUCAUAAGUAAAUUGAUGUUGUCCUUAUAGAGCGCUAAUAUGGUUUCUCAUGACAGCUACUGAAUUCGAAUGCCCAGACUGCACCAAUUAGCCCACCUGGGGGCUCAGACGUGCUGCUAAUAAGUGUGCAGGACACAGUGCAUACCAGCUGACCGCCCCGCUCGCUAGGUGUUGCUCAGCACAGCUACAGCACUGGCAAGCUAAUGAAGUCUUGGCAGUGGCAGUCAGUCCCUUGAAGCAGGAGGUCAUGCUCCUCGAUGGCACACAUAAAGAGAAAUUAAAUGAGAAAAUUGCAAAUCAGGAUUUCUAUAGAAAACAGCAGUCGUCUGGAAUCGUAAAUAAUGACUCGUAGCUGACACCCCGCUGCCAGGUCUCCAGCAGAGCUGUGUUGGAAUAAUCAAUCUGUUAUUAUUCUGUGAUUAGCAUUACAUCAGUAAGCAGCAAUUCUAAUCUUUUUAUGUGUAUAAAAUGGAUUGCCACUGCUUUUUUACUGCUUGCUAAAUUAAGCACAAAUCAAAGCUUGAUAUCAAACUGGACACACACGAAAACAUGAUCUCAUCCAUCAUGCUUUUACAUCACCUUUUCCAAAAAAUUCACAGGCAUUCCUUUCCUGGAAACAAAAAGCCAAUGAUAACAGGAAGGAAUCCCCAGAGAGACCAUGCAAAGAGCACUGCAGAUUACUCCUGUAGUGCCCACACAAUCCGGUCCUCUGUUGCUUUCUGACUGCAGAUUACUCCUGUAGCGCCCACACAAUCUGGUCCUCUGUCGCUUUCUGACUGCAGAUUACUCCUGUAGUGCCCACACAAUCCGGUCCUCUGUUGCUUUCUGACUGCAGAUUACUCCUGUAGCGCCCACACAAUCCGGUCCUCUGUUGCUUUCUGACUGCAGAUUACUCCUGUAGCGCCCACACAAUCUGGUCCUCUGUCGCUUUCUGACUGCAGAUUACUCCUGUAGUGCCCACACAAUCCGGUCCUCUGUUGCUUUCUGACUGCAGAUUACUCCUGUAGCGCCCACACAAUCCGGUCCUCUGUUGCUUUCUGACUGCAGAUUACUCCUGUAGCGCCCACACAAUCUGGUCCUCUGUCGCUUUCUGACUGCCAAGCUUCCCUGCGGUGUGCACAAUCUGGGACGGAAAGUGCAGUUUGCAUUUGGACCUUCUGUUCCGAGCACCAGCCCUGUGCUACCAUCACAUCAGACUAACCUGCAAUUAUGUCGUCUCCACUAACGAGCGAGAGCAGUUAGAUCUAGCAUGAUAGAAGAAUUGUAACGAGCAUGAAAAAAUCAAACAUGCACUUGACAGCAUGUAGAAUCGUGUUAAACAAACAACAAGCUAAAUACAAGCUCUCCCCCUGUGUUAGUAAUUCAAAAGCCCCCGGUCAAGCACAAGAAUAAGCGACUAACUGUACAAAGAGCCUUGCUGCAAAUGAAAAAUGAUAGAAAAUAAUGGCUGGAUUAAGCACAGGAGCAGCUGAGAAUGAGUGUGCUUUCUGAUAGCCACUGUACUGUAUUCUCUUCUGAGCUUCAAUGCAAGCGUUUCCUUUUCUGCACCGUGCUGUAUACACAAACGUUUCAACACCAAGGAGAAUGUUUCACUUCAAUUAUCUUACCUUAAAUGUUGCCUUCCCUUGCCUCCUCUCCCGUCUGCUGUAAGAGUCCCACAAACCUCUUUCUGCGCUCUGCUGUUUCCACAGAUGUCAUCUGUAAGUGGGAUGCAGUUGUUUUUCGAGAUAUGCCAAAGGGAAAAUGCUUAAGUAGUUUAUAACUUGAGCGCUGUUGUAGCUGGCCCUGCGGACACACACCCCUGCUUCACACUGCCAGGACUAGGCUACAGCAGAAGAGUGUGAACUGUACUCUUUACUGCAGUGUCUUAAGAAAGUUUCAAUUAGUGGCUAAGGUUUGAAUCUUGACUCAAGGUCCCUGGAUGCCCUAUAAAGUAACUGUUUACAAUUGAAGCAUGUUUUUGGGGGCACUUUGAGUAAGUUUAAUGAGUUCAAUAUGCUGAUUCGAUAUGACAUACUGGAAGUCACUGAAUUGUCUGCAAUGUAAACACUGCUCACUGCUCAAGGUUUUGUUGUCUUUGAUGAGAAACAAUCUCCAGUGUGGGAUGAAGGCAUGCUUCUUGCUUUUAAUCUGCAACAGACUUCCUGCUUUCCAGUUUCCCCACUAAAACGGUCUGCAUGUAGAGUGUGUGUUUAAGCUGUGUGCUUGUACACUAUUGGUGUGUUGUGAUAGUUUCAAUGACUGCCUCCUUGUGAUGCUGAGUUUAACAAAUACAUCCCCUUCUAUCUCACUAGCACUAGCAAUACCCCACAAUGAUUGUUACAGUACAAUAUAAUCCGUUCUUUAUAUUAUUUUACAGUGCAGUCGCUACAUCUUUAAAUCAUUUAGAAAUGAAUAAAGGACCUGUUGUUUACUUGUGAAUCACAUGUUGACAUGUGAUGUAGGGGAUAGGAGCAGAUAUUUGCAAUCACAGUUUUGUUUUAGAGAACAAUGAGGUUAUUAAUUACAUUCGGACAUGACCAAUAAUGCACGACUGCUGCAAUAAGCAUGGAAGAGAGAACAUGGUACAAUGAUACAAGAUUAAAUUAGCUUUUAUGAAUCGAGGUGUUAAAUACAUUUAAACAAUGAAGAAAAAACAGUGCAGUGGGAGUCUUGUUAUCAUCCCUGUACAAAUGAAUUAUUAACACAAAAACCAGUUGGGACGACUCGUGUUAAUUAGUCAACAGUUGUACAUAACUUAAACAUGUACAUGUUGCUUCCAUUUCCAAACUAAAGUGUAUGCUUUGAGUGCAUUACUUUAUAACUAUUAUCCCCAAUCCCCCAUAAUACAAACACAACACAGACAACUACAGGUCGGGCGCCGCUUUCAAAAUGCAGAAGUAAUCACGUGGUGCGCUUUGAGGAAAACCACACAAUUGCCUUCAUAAAAGUAAAACAAGACACGCGUGUUUUCAAUAUAUAACAUAAAUCACGUUUUGACACGCUUUUCGUUACACAGAUGUAUUUUUCAAACGACCGAUUUCUUUUUAUACUGGCAUUAUUUUGACUACCUAAAAAAAAAAAAAAGCAAGUGCGCGGGGUCUUGCUGCGGGAAAAAGCGCGAAGUUCUGUUCCGGUUGCUAGGAGAGAGUCUGUGGGAAAUAAUAAAAAUAAUAGAAAUAAGGCAUGGGUAGCGAUUGCAUGGCGCGUAUGUGGUAAGACUGCUGAUACUGUGGAAAGCAGCAACACGAUGCCUGGUCUUGUACACAGUGACAACGGGGCAGCAAAGGGCAGCCCUCUCAAGAAGAACCGAUUGUCUCUUAAGUUCUUCCAUAAAAAAGAAACUAAAAGGGCGUUAGAUUUCUCUGAGACACAAGAAGAGGAAGAGACUGCUCUAGAACCGGUUGUGUCAGAAAGUUGUGACCAGGUUGUACCUGCGCCCGUGCCCUCAUCCCCUCUUCUCUAUGAGAAAAGGGAAAGCCUGGUACCUUUUGUGGGUUUAAAUAACCUUGGCAACACCUGCUAUCUUAAUAGCAUUCUACAGGUAUUGUACUAUUGUCCUGGCUUUAAUACUGGAAUCAAGAACUUGUACAAUUUGAUCUUAAAGAAGAAAGACAAGCAAAAGGACGAUGAGGUGAAAAAGGAGGAGGGGGAAAAUAUUCAAGAGGAUUUACCAACACAUAUUGAGCUGCUGGUAAGUUUUCAUAGCCUGGUGGCAUCGUUGGAUCAACUUCAGUCCAGCUAUCUGCUCAAUCCAGAGAAAUACACCGAUGGGGAACUUACCACGCCACCAAGGAGAUUGCUCAACACACUUCGGCUGCUCAACCCCAUGUAUGAAGGAUAUCUACAGCAUGACGCCCAGGAGGUGCUGCAGUGUAUCCUGAGUUACAUCCAGGAGGCUUGUGAAACCUUAAAGAAAGAGCACAAGAGUCAGGGGGAGAAGCCAGGUGACGGAGGUGAAGAGGACUGCCAGCAGGGCUUUCUGGGGGAGUGCAGCGCACCUCCUGCCAGCAGUGCAGAGGGGGAAGGUUUGGUGAAGGAUGACGAGAGAUGGGCGAAUGGGAAGAGGAAAAGCGACACGGAGGCUGGUAAUCUCAAAAAGAAACCUAAACCUCUCAAAACACAGAAGCCAGUGGAAGAAAAAAAACACUUCACGCGAUCAAAAAGGAAGUCUUCAAGUGAUAGUGGGAUAGAGACCGAGAAGGAAGGCAUAGACGACGGGAAUGAUCGUGAUGGGAAGAAUGACAAUGAUAUCACCAGACGUGCGAAGAAAAAGAAACAUCACAAACUUGGCUGGCUGAAGUCUUCAAACAAACAGCCCAGUAUCUUCUCUAAGUUUCGCAGUAUGGGAAAGCUGAGCACACAUUCCAGACAUAAAGGGCAGGAGAAAGAGGCUGAGGAACUCAAGAAUCCUGUAGACAUGGUUAAAGUUGAAAACAGAGAAAAUGCAGAGAACUGUGCUUUGAAUAAACAAGUUAAUAAAACCAUGGAAGAAAAAGAAAAGAGCAGUUCUGCAGAGCAAUGCUGUUUUGAUCUGAUGGAGAGGUUGUUUCAGGGUCAGCUGGUGCUCCGAACCCGGUGCCUGGAAUGCGAAUGCUACACCGAAAGGAGAGAGGAUUUCCACGACAUCAGUGUGCCGGUACAAGAGGAUGAACCUUGUACAGUUGAAGAUAGUUCAGAGAUCUCUCCUGAACCCAAGAUGGAAUUAAAGACCCUGAAGUGGGCAAUAUCUCAGUUUGCAUCGGUAGAGAGGAUUGUCGGGGAAGACAAAUACUUCUGCGAAACAUGCCAUCACUAUACAGAAGCUGAAAGGAGCCUUUUAUUUGACAAAACUCCGGAAGUUGUAACCAUUCAUCUGAAGUGCUUUGCUGCUAAUAGUUCUGAGUUUGAUCCCUAUGCUGGACCGUCGAAGGUGAACACUCCUCUACAGACGCCGCUCAAGCUGUCGCUGGAGGAGUGGUGCACAAAGCCGUCCAAGGAGCACUAUGAAUUAUUUGCUGUAGUGAUGCACAACGGAGUCACCAUCAGCAGCGGUCAUUACACAACCUAUGUUAAAAUGAUGGAUCUUGGCAGCGUAGAAAUACAAAGAACGGACUUCAAAGAGGAGAGUGGAGCGGACUCCCUUAAACCAGAGCCCCUGGAUGAAGAGGAGGCCAGGGCUUUUGAUCCACAGGACUACGAUGAUGGCGAAGUCUCGUUUAGCGUGAGUGGAAAAUCGCACAGCCCGGUACAGAAAGUCAAUGUCAAGAAGUCUUCAGAAGGGGUUGGGCUCCUUGGAGGUCAGAGAAGCAUUUCAAACUUUGAUCUGGCCAGCAGCAAAGUAGCGAACCCUGAAAAGACAGUCGGUACUGUAAAAUGUGAGCGAAGCUCUGCAAACGAUCAUUCGGAUAGUCCAUUUAAAAAUGCGAAGGAAUGCACAGUUAUGAAUGCAAAUGGCAGUAAUGAAUGUAAAGCACCUAGCAGCCAGGCCCCCAAUCCAGUCUUGUGCAAUCUGUUGGACUAUGAGGGGAAGUGGAUGCUUUUUGAUGACUGUGAAGUGAGACUUGUUGAAGAGACAGAGUUUUUGAGUUCAUGCUCGCCAGCUUCGUGUUCCACAUCCACCCCUUAUCUUUUAUUCUAUAAAAAAGUUGUUUAAAAAUACCCGUGUUAUUUAUGGGACCAUUUACAAACUGCUUCCCCCCCUCGUCUCUUCUUCGGUUUAUAUACUGUAAAGCACAAUUGUGUGAAACAAAAUUCUCACUGUCUAUUACAUAAAAACAGUAUACAUUUUCAGUAGAAAUGUAUUAAGCUAUACAAAUGGUUGGGUUAGUCUGUUCUAUUCUGUUUCUUUUUAUGGUAUCUUGGCACUUUAAACCUGUGCAUUAAUGUAAUUGUUUCUUUUUAACCUGGAUUGUGUUUCUGUGCUACAUUUGCUAAAAACUCAAUAGAAACCGUACAAUAUGUUUCACCUGAACUAUACAUUCUUGUUUUAAAAUGUUAUAUAUAAAUAGUGCAUUUUAUUGUUAUACAGGAUUUGUGUUUAACAGUAAAUGUUCAGGAAAGGUCAUUUUGGGCAAAAUGAUAAAUAUUUUAUAUUAAGAUAUAUAUUAAGUUAAAACACAGUUCCUAUAAUAAAGAUUUGCUUUAACUUUUUUUCUGUAGUCUUAAUGUAUUAGUGCUAUGUCCCAUAGGCAGGAUUCUGAUACCAAACUGUGGCUGUUGAUUAAUUUAAGCAUGCACGUCAAAUACUUUCUCACUUGUUUGUAAAUAGUUUAAUAAAACUCACAGAUGUGUUUUUGUUAGAAUGACCCCAUUUCAUCUUUCCAUAUAAGAACAGAUACAUUGAUUUCAGGAAUUAAACAACAAACACAACCAGCCCUUAGAGACGACAAAAUAUUUAAUAUGUAGUAAA